UUAAAACCCCAUAAAAAAAAACAUUUACUUAUUAGGCAUUGAAUAACACACAACAGACACAAAUCCUUUCCUUUUCUCUCACGCCUUCUAUCUCUCUCUCUAUAGCAUUUAAACCUCAUCUCAUAAUUUCCAACUUCGUUUCUUGUUUUUUCCCGAGAAACAAUCAAGAAAAGACCCUAAAACAGAACACUUCUUUAGUUGCAUGUGAUCGACAGAGAAAAUAUAAAGACAUCUUUCUUCCUUCUUCUUUUUUUUGCCUAGUCAAACAUGAGCUCUUGUUUAGAAGAAAAGCAUAGUCGAAUCUUCGUUACCGGUCCAAUCAUCGUCGGUGCCGGUCCGUCCGGUUUAUCCGUAGCGGCUUGUUUAUCAAACCGAGGCGUGCCAUCGGUUAUACUCGAGAGAACCGAUUGCUUAGCUUCUUUAUGGAAAAAACGUACCUACGACCGUCUUAAGCUCCAUCUCCCUAAACACUUCUGCGAGCUUCCUCUUAUGAAGUUCCCUAGAAACUUCCCAAGAUACCCGUCCAAGCAACAAUUCAUAUCCUACGUUGAGUCUUAUGCUGCCCGGUUUAAUAUUAAACCGGUAUUUAACCAAACCGUAGAGAAAGCAGAGUUCGAUGUCGCCUCUGGUCUAUGGACGGUGAAGACGCAAGACGUUGUGUACUCAUCCACGUGGCUCGUGGUGGCAACAGGGGAAAACGCUGAACCGGUGAUACCGGAUAUACCCGGUUUGAAGAAGUUUACUGGACCGGUUGUUCACACUAGUGCGUACAAGUCCGGUUCGGAGUUUGCAAACCGGAAGGUUUUGGUGGUUGGUUGUGGAAAUUCCGGUAUGGAGGUGUGCUUGGAUCUUUGUAGAUACAAUGCUCUGCCUCAUAUGGUUGUUAGAAACUCUGUACAUGUAUUACCAAGAGACUUUUUUGGACUAUCGAGUUUUGGAAUAGCAAUGACACUACUGAAGUGGUUUCCUCUAAAGCUGGUGGACAAUUUGCUCCUGCUUCUUGCUAGUUUUUCGUUGGGCAAUACCGACCGGUUAGGCCUCCGACGACCUAAAACCGGACCUAUUGAGCUCAAGAACGUCACUGGAAAAACUCCCGUUCUUGAUGUUGGCGCCAUAUCUUUGAUACAAUCCGGUCAAAUUAGAGUGACGCGAGCAGUGAAAGAAAUAACAAAGAAAGGAGCAAAGUUUGUGAACGGGCAAGAAAUGGAGUUCGACUCGAUAAUACUAGCGACCGGGUAUAAAAGUAAUGUCCCCUACUGGCUCAAGGACAAUAGUUUCUUCACAAAGGAAGGGAUGCCGAAAACGCCAUUUCCAAACGGAUGGAAGGGAGAGAAUGGGCUUUACACGGUGGGUUUCACGAGAAGAGGGCUCUUGGGAACGGCUUUUGACGCCGUUAAGAUCGCGGAGGAUAUAACAGACCAGUGGAUGAAAAUGAAUGGUCCGUUGAGUAGCAGUAACGUUUGUAGUUCCCAUAUUAUUCACUUUCACUUCAAUAAAUCAUAA